UGAGCGUUUUUUUUUAAACGCGCUAUUAAUACGCGCUAGAGUGCGUUUAGACGGGAGCGAGCAUCGCAGCGGACGCACUUGCGCCGUGCGCGCUCACGGUACAGCGAGAAAGAACGCCGCAAUGGAGGCGAGAGCGAAGCCGACGCAGACAAAGGCCGGCGUCGUUUAAUCCGCACUAUCCUCUGACCCACAUCAUCCGGCAGAGCCUGGCGCAGAGCAGCUAUAAUGGGAAACGUGCAGCCUUCCAGAACUGAUGCAAGCGCGUCUGAAGGCGUCAGUGGAGUGAAGUUCACAGUGAAUCACAUCAGCGGGAGCAUAACUUAUUAUGAGGGUGCGCUCCCCGCAGCGUCGCUCCCCAGCGACUCCCCGGCCUCUCCCCCCGCCUCCCGCCCCCUCCUCGUGUUCUUCCCCUGGCUCGGGGCCCGGCCCCGGGGCCUGGCCAGGUACCGGGACCUGUACCUGGCUCGAGGCAUGGACGUCCUCCUGGUCCAAAGCGCGGCCGCGCACUUCCUGUGGCCUCGGUGGGGGCGCGACUACGGCGCGGAGAUCUUGAAGGUUCUGGAGGGGCCCCGGUUCGCAGAGAGGCGGGUUCUGGUCCACGCCACGUCUAUCGGCGGCUUCACUUUCAGCCAGACGCUCGCCCACGUGGCCCGGGGACCGGCGAAGCACAAGGGCCUGGCUCAGAGGGUGAUAGGACACAUCUACGACAGCCUGGUGGUUGGCUCCCUGGAGCACAUGGCCAUAGGUCUUGGGAGGACUCUGAUGCCUCGUUUCCAGGGCCUGGUCAAAAACCUGGCCCUGCUUUACUUCUGGCUCUUCAAAAGCCACACGGCAGACUUGUACAACGACAGCAUCCAGGUUUUCCACAACAGCCCGGUCACGGCACCGGCCCUGUUCUUCUUCUGCGAGAACGACGCCAUGUGCGACCCGGGCGCCCUGGAGGCGCUGAUGGACGGCUGGAGGGGGAGGGGCAUCGACGUGCACAGCAGGAAGUGGAAGGAGUCGGUGCACGCGGCCCACAUGCGCUGCCACUCAGAGGAUUAUCACUCGUCACUGGAGAGGUUCUUAGAGCCACUGACCAGUUCCUUCUGAAGUCAAAAUGUAAAUUUGACUGAUUUCCCACAGGGUGCACUUUUUCUGCUGAGACACAUCACGAGGAAAGGAGGAAAUACAAAUGGCUCUGCCACAAAAAGAGAA